AUGGAGGUCCUUACCAACUCCCCCGAAGCCUCCUCCUUCGUACCGCUGGCCGAACACCAGUCGCGCACCCCAACCUCAUUCUACUCCGGACCCCCAGUAUUGUAUCACCACAGCCAGCGCUGCAAGAUCGUUGUUCUAGAGCGCGAGCUCCUCGCCAACCCAUUGCUCAAUGCCCUGCGUGGCACCGACAGCGUCACCAGCGGUGACGGCGACGAGAAAGAGGUCGCAAUCGCAGACGUGGACACAUGGGUGACAUCCGACAAAUUCUUCCUCUUCUCCCCAGCGGCCUCAACAGGCGUGUCAAUCCCCUAUCCCUCGAUCUCCCUCCACGCACUCCAACGCCUGCGCGUCCCAGGCACCGACGCCGAAGUCCAGGGUCUGUACAUGCAGAUCGCCACACCUGGCCCACCUACCGAGGACGACGAAGAGGAGGAAUGUGUCGCGAUCACAGUUGUAUUGCCUGCCGACGCCCCGGCGCAGGAGUCCGUCGAUGCCGAGCCCGAAACCGAGACGCCUACUCAACAGCUCUACGGUGCUGUGUCGGCUUGCUCCUAUCUACACCCGGAUCCGGUGGAGGAUGAUUCAGAUGACGAGGAUGCGGGUUCUAAGUUUAUCACGGCCGAGGAGCACGAGGGUGUCUACCAGACUGGGAACGGUGAUAUGCCCCCGCCUGUUCCUGGUAGCUCGGGAUGGAUCACUGCGGAGAAUAUGGGCCAGUUCUUUGAUGCGGAUGGAAAUUGGAUUGCGGGUGGUGAGGGACCUUCUUUCCCUCUUGGGCCUGGGGCUGGAACUGUCCGGGCCCGGGAGGAGGAAAAUGGUGUUGAACAGAACGGGAACGAGGAUGAGUCCAAGUGGCGCAAGACAGAUUGA